CCAUCUCCCGUCGGCCCCCGCGGCGCCGCAGCGGCCGAGCCGGAGCCGGAGCCGAGCGGGGAGCGGAGUAAGAUGGCGGCGGCCGCGGCGGCCGGGCCGGGGCAGAGGCGCCCAUUGUCCUAGGGGAGGGGCCGGGCCGGGCCGGGCCCCGCGCGCGCAGGAUCCUCUCCGUCCGCAGCCAUGGAAGAGGAGGAGAAUCCAGCUCCCCCAGCACCAGAGGAUCCAGUGGGGGGCAGUGAGGAGCAGCGGCGGCCAAGCGAUGCCCCCCCGGACAGGGAGCCGUGUCAGCCGGGUGCUCUCUGCACUGGACAAGUCAUCAUGCUGAAGGCCUUGCAGCAGGUGGUGAGCAGCAGCUUCCAGAGCGAGCGGCCGGGCCGGGCCGGCGGAAAAGAUGCGGAGAGGAAGAAGAUGAGCCGGAAGAAAUGGUGCCGGAGCCCCCGGGCGGAUGGAUCUGGCAGUGGCAAGGGGGGCACCGGGGACCCUAUAGGCACAUGUGACCGGAGCAUCACUGUCCCCGAGGCCCUGGGCCUGUUCUCCGGCCUGGCGGGGGCCCUGCAGUUCCUGCAGAGGUCGUGUGCCGCCUCCAUGCAGACCCGGCUCCUCCUAGGAGACGACGGGCUCCUGGGGCCCCCGGGCGUCUGCGGGGACGCGGAGCCGGACGAGGUGGAGCUGGUGGCCGAGGUUCGGCUGGGGGACGUGGCUGCUGCGUCCGGCAUCUUCAGGAGAGAGCGGCCCUGGAGGGUGCACAAAUCAGUCUCCCUGCCCAGCCCCUCGGCUCCGCGCUGGAGAGGAGCCGGCAGCCUCCCCGUCGCCCUGGACCCGCCUUCCGGCCCCCUGGACCUUAAGUGGCCCCCCCGGACUCGUGGGGGCGCAGCCCCGCUCCCCGGCACGGGCAGGACUCGGCGCGUCCCCGGCCGCUGGGCUGUGGCCCUGGGCACCGGCACGGGGGUCUCCAACGGGCAGCAGCGGCCCCAGGCCCGGCAGGCAGGGACCCGGAGGCCCACAGGCGGCGCCCCCGGGGGCGGGGACAGCAACCUCGGCCCCCUGCGCUCGCCAGACCCGGAUAUUUAUGAUCCCUUCCACCCGACGGACGAGGACAACCCGGGCGGGGACUUCGGCUACGCGGCCUCGCCCGGCAAACAGCAGGACCAGAAGUACGACCCCUUCGACCCCACCGGCUCCAACCCCAGCUCCUCCCGCAGCAGCCCCUCCCCCGACGAGGAGGAGGACGAGGAGGAGGAGGAGGAGGAGGACGACGCGGCCGCCCCCCGGCCCGACAUGUCCCACAGCAUCAGCCGCAUCUCGGAGACCCUGGCCGGCAUUUACGACGAGAACAGCUUGAGCCAGGACUUCCCCGGCUCGGAGAAGGGGCGUGACGAGGCCGAGCCCAGCGAGGGCCCCGUGGUCGGCGGCCGGCGCCCUGAAAAGGAGCCGGCGGCCGGGGCCGACUCCACCCUGCCCGAGGAGGAGAUCGCCUCGGAGCAGUCGGACGGGGCUCCCGAGCCGCCCCCGGAGCCGCGGCGCCGCGUCUUCGUGGUGGACCUUGCCAGCAAGAGCCGCUCGGAGGCAGAGGCCAACCCCAAGCUGGAGGGGAAGGUGUCGCUGGAGGUGGUGACGGCUGGAAACCCCAAGGCUCCGGCCCGGGGGGAGAAGGGCCCCAAGGCGGGCCGGCACCGGGGCGGGCGGCGCCCCUCUCUGGACUGGGCCGGCGCCGACUCGGAGAUCGAGGAAGGCGAGAUCGUGCAGCCGGAGGACGAACGCUACAGCCCCAUCCGGCUCUUCCGCAGCCGGUGCCGGCCGGCCGAGCCGCGCCCCCUGCGGGUGGCGGAGGGCGAUGACUUCCUGUCUCUCCACGCCGACUCGGACGAGGAGGGGGACUUCGGCGAGAGCCAGCCCGAGCCCCGGUGGAAGGCGGCCGCCGACCUGCGGCGCAAGAUCCUGACGCAGCGCCGCGAGCGGUACCGCCAUGACUCGCCCAAGCACUCGGGCUCCAGCUCCGGCUCCCGCAAGAAGGCCAAGCGGUCCCGCGAGCGCCGGCCCCCCAAGGCCAAGGAGCCCCGCGCUGGCCCCUGGCCCCCCAAGAAGAAAUCCAAGUCGCGCUCGAAGUCCAAGGAACGCCGGCGCUCCCGGUCCCGCCGGCGCGGCUCCCGCUCCUGGUCACCCUCCCUCAGCACCAGCCUGUCGGCCAUGGGCUCGGAGCGGCGCCGGCGGUCACGGGAGAGGCGGCGGGGCCGGCGCUCGCGCUCAGGGAGCCGGGCGCGGCACAAGGAGAAGCACCGGGACGGCGGCGGCGGCAAGAAGAAGAAGAAGCAGCAGCGCUCCCGUUCCCGGGAGAAGCGGCCGCCCCGCGACAAGCAGCGCGAGGUGCACGUCCUGGAGGAGCCCAAGGCGGAGGAGCGUCGCCGGGACGCCCGCACCGUCGUGCCGCCCUCCAUCCAGGACCUCAACGACACCGACCUCUUCACCAUCAAGAGGACCAUCACGGUCAGCCGGCAGGACGGCUCCCCGGAGCCGGCCAAGCGGGAGGUGCUCUAUGACUCAGAGGGGCUGAGCUUCGAGGGCUGCUUCUCGGACCGCGAGCCCGCCGAGGGGCCCCGGCACCUGGGCGGCAAGGGCGAAGGGGGGCCGCCCCGCAAGGAGCGGCCGGAGGAGGAGGCCAAGCCGCCCAAGGAGAAGGAGCGGAAGCGGGGGUACCCGGAGGAGCGCCCCACGCCCCGCGAGAAGUCCAAGAAGAGGUUCAAGGAGGCGCCGGGCCGGUCGGCGCCCGAGGCGGAGAAGGAGAAGGCGCGGCCGGAGCGGGAGAAGCCCCCCCGGAGAGCCAAGGCCGGGCACAAGGACAGCGGCAAGGCGGGCGGCUCGGGCCGCAAGGUCAAGCUGCAGUCCAAGGUGGCGGUGCUGAUCCGCGAGGGCGUCAGCAGCACCACGGUCUCCGGCAAGGAAGGCGGCUCCAUCGGCAUCAAGUUCAGCCGGGACAAGGAGAGCCGCUCGCCCUUCCUCAAGCCGGAGGAGAAGGGGCCCGGGGCCGAGGCCAAGGCGGAGCCGGCCAAGGAGCCGGGCGCCAAGGCCAAGAAGCCGAAAGGGCUGAAGGCCAAGGCGGGGCUGAGGAAGGCCAAGGGGCCGGGGGCCAAGGCCAAGGCGCCCUCGGAGGCCAAGAAGAAGAAGAAGCUGAAAGCCAAGACGGGGCUGAAGAAGUCGAAGGCCGACAGCUGCAGCCAGGGGGCCGGGAGCCCGCCCGCCCCCGCCCCCGAGCCGCCGGAGGGCGCCGGCUCCCCACUCAGCCCCCCGCCCAAGCCGCCGCCCGCCCCGGCCGAGCAGGAACUGACCCCCGACUCGCAGACGGUGGACAGCAGCUGCAAGACGCCCGACGUCUCCUUCCUGCCCGAGGAGGCGGCCGUGCCCGCGCCUGGCGAGCAGCAGAGGGCGCCGGCGGGCGAGCCCCAGGCCGACAGCCUCUCCGAGCCCAAGGAGGAGCCCGCCCGCGCCCUGCCCCCGCCCCCGGCCCCCAUGGCCUGGAACUUGCAGGGGGGCGUGGACUGCACCACGAGCGGCGUCCUGGCACUGACCGCCCUGCUCUUCAAGAUGGAGGAAGCCAACCUGGCGAGCCGGGCCAAGGCCCAUGAACUCAUCCAGGCCACCAACCAGAUCCUGAGUCACACCAAACCCUCCACGUCCCUAGCGGGCUCCCAGGCCCCCGCGCCACCUCCCGCCCACACGGCCGCCCCCUACCUGCUGCACGGCUCCCUGCCCCUGGGGGGCUGCAGCUCCACCCCCCCGACGCCCACCGGGCUGCCUGGCACCCUCGGCCCGGCCUCGGCGGGCGCUGGCAGCGGGAUGCUCUUUGGCACCGGCUCCGGCAGCGACCUGGGCAAGCGGGACGGGAGCACCAGCUCCGACGGGCGCGGGGACACCGAUAAGUACCUGAAGAAGCUGCACACGCAGGAGCGGGCGGUGGAGGAGGUGAAACUGGCCAUCAAGCCGUACUACCAGAAGAAGGAGAUCACCAAGGAGGAGUACAAGGACAUCCUGCGCAAAGCGGUGCACAAGAUCUGCCACAGCAAGAGCGGGGAGAUCAACCCGGUGAAGGUGAACAACCUGGUGCGGGCCUACGUGCAGCGCUACAAGUACUUCCGGAAACACGGCCGCCGCAUGGAGGAGGAGCCGGGGGGCCCCAAGGACCGGGGGGGGCUGGACAAGGCGUCGCUACCCCUGCCCCCCCUCUGAGCCCGGCGGGGGGCCCACCCCCCAUCUGCGUCUCUAGCUGACUCGGACCCCCUGAUGCAAAGGGAGGGGGGCGCUCCUGGCCUCCCUCCAGCUCCCCAGACUCUGAAUGGUUUUAAACAGGAACAGUUUUACUCUGUACAUAGGGGGGGGCGGGGGGGUGAGCCUGGCUGGGGGGGGCCUGUUCGCGGGCUACCCUCCCCCCGACUUCCCCUACUUCACUCAUGUUAGCAUGUUUUUAUUUGGAUUCCAGCCCCCCCCGACCCCCAGCUGCCCUGGGGGGAGCAGCUCUCUGGGUUGAGAUGCCCCCCCACAGCUGGUGCCCCCCAUCUCUCUGCCCCCCAUCUCUGUAUCUUCCUUUCUGUCUCUUCAUAAACUGCGUUAGCCACUUG